GAGCUGGAGCGGAAGUAGUGUAGUGGGGACUCCAAGGAGCGCACCAUUGGGAUGCCAACGUAGCAGGCGGCGACUUUACUCGCUAUGCCACGAUGCCGGCCCCCACCCGUGACUACUGGAAACAUUUUUCAUGUCUUAACUUUUUUAAUGCCCCCUACUGGAUAGUUUUUGGAAGAUAUUUAUGCAGCCCAGUCAGAACAUUAAGUUCUUUGCCAGAUAAAAAGAAAGAAUUUCUACAGAAUGGACCAGACCUUCAAGAUUUUCUCUCUGGGGAUCUUGCAGAUAAGAGCACCUGGGAUGAAUACAAAGGAAACUUAAAACGCCAGAAAGGAGAACGGUUAAGACUGCCUCCCUGGCUAAAGACAGAGAUUCCCAUAGGGAAAAAUUACAAUAAACUGAAAAAUACACUGCGGAAUUUAAAUCUCCAUACAGUAUGUGAGGAAGCCCGCUGUCCCAACAUUGGAGAGUGUUGGGGAGGUGGCGAGUAUGCCACUGCCACAGCCACAAUCAUGUUGAUGGGUGACACGUGUACCAGAGGUUGCAGAUUUUGUUCUGUUAAGACUGCAAGAAACCCCCCUCCACUGGAUGCCAAUGAGCCCUACAAUACUGCAAAGGCCAUUGCAGAGUGGGGUCUGGAUUAUGUUGUCCUGACAUCUGUGGAUCGCGAUGAUAUGCCUGAUGGGGGAGCAGAACACAUUGCAAAGACUGUAUCAUACAUUAAAGAAAGGAAUCCAAAAAUUCUUGUGGAGUGUCUCACCCCUGAUUUCCGAGGAGAUCUGAAAGCAAUAGAGAAAGUUGCUCUGUCGGGAUUAGAUGUGUACGCACAUAACGUAGAAACAGUUCCAGAAUUACAGAGGAAAGUUCGGGAUCCCCGAGCGAAUUUUGACCAGUCGCUACGUGUUCUGAAACACGCCAAGGAGGUUCAGCCUGAUGUUAUUUCUAAAACGUCUAUAAUGUUGGGUUUAGGCGAGAAUGAUGAGCAAGUAUAUGCAACAAUGAAAGCACUUCGUGAAGCAGAUGUGGACUGUUUAACUUUAGGGCAAUAUAUGCAACCAACAAAGCGUCACCUUAAGGUUGAAGAAUAUAUUACUCCUGAGAAGUUCAAAUACUGGGAAAAAGUAGGAAAUGAACUUGGAUUUCAUUAUACUGCAAGUGGCCCUUUGGUGCGUUCUUCAUAUAAAGCAGGUGAAUUUUUCCUGAAAAAUCUAGUGGCUAAAAGAAAACAAAAGCCCUCUAAACCUUAAAGAAGACCUUCAGGAUCAAGGAAAUUUUAAAAAUUUGCUUCCAGGUGGUGCCAAAUGUGGUGCCAGAAUGCCUAGCCUUCAGUGGACGUACUCCAACUCUUUCUGCUUUAAGGAAACUAUCAGUAAGCUGUGUGUAUUUCAUUAUGAUCAUUCAUUUGACUUGUAGAACAUCUUUUUUGUCCCAAUAAGCAGUUGCUUGCUGUGAUAUAGUCAUAAAACAUUUUUAUGACUUUGCUGUUAGCAUAAUAAUUUAGAAAUACAUUAAAAACUUCCAGAUUUUUUAAGCCACUUUUAUUUAUGCAUCAUCAUCAUAGUUUAUUUAGGAAAAAUGUAAAAGCAAAGUCUCCUGUGUUACAGCGAUGAGCAGCAUGGAUGAGCCUGUGAUCAGUUCACGUAGGAUGAACCUACAACAUCAUCGGGGUAAUUUGAAAAGGCUUGGGAUUUUGAAUGUUGAUUCUUUACAUGGGUGCAACAGCUUCAGGCCCUGCAAAAUAGCUUUACACUACUCAUUUAGUGCCUGUGUGAAACAGGACACUGGAGCUUGUCAAAGGCACAGAAAUGUAACCCAUGUCAUCGUAACCCUUGUUUGUCUAGUAGCUUGCUAAAUCCACAUGUACUAUCCCAGUGAUUCCUCUUCUUCCUAAACUACUUUGGAGAAGCAAUUGUAUUUCAGGUAAUAACCUGAAGAAGGUAUUUCUUUCCAACAAAUUAAUACUCAAAUUUAUCUUCUGACUCUGAAUCCUGUUUUUCUGCUCAUUCUACAUUUCUCAAAGGAAAAUUGUAGAUUGCUAUAUUGUAAGAUAUAUAGGUAGCCAAGGUUUUUUGGGGGCACUUUUAAAGAAAAGUACCAGUGUUUGUUAUAAAAGUAAUAUAUAGCUUUGGAAAUUAGUUACAUUUUAAUUUAACCUAGAGAAGGAUUUAUAUGCUUGCCUUAGAGAUCCUAAUAAAUUUUACUGCAUGAUCUUAACCCCAUCAACUUUAAACACUACAGAGACCUAAAAACUUACUCCCCAGGAAAAACUGGCUUGCUUUCCAGACUCCGGCUGUAUAACAUAAUCUCAACGCUUCCUCACAGUUAGGCCUUUGGCAGAGUGUACGCUGAUAGUAAUGAAAUAUUUUUAGCAGGAGAUUCACUUUGUCAAAUGAAAUGAUAAAACUCCAGUAUGAAAUAUUUAAAUAACAUUUUAUUAGCACAAAUGUAUGUUAACAUUGCAGAUUUAUAAUUUUUAUUUAUUCUGUAUAUAAAAGUAGUGAAUCAUAAAAUGAAGCUAUGAACAGCAGGGGAUGUUGGUUUUUGAAGUUGAAUCACAAAUAAUGACAUCCUGACUUGUUACUCAUUCGCCCAUUACUGCAUAACUGACCGUUAUAUCCUGACUGGAACGUGUAUGAGCAAGUGUCUGGUCUCGCUGGCCCCCUAAGUGUGGCGAGCAUCUGCUGGACAGUGUCCUCCCUCGCACAGCUGUCCAAGAGUAGACAGACUUGACUUUUAAAAGGACAGGUCAGAGAUGUUUAAAUGCACAGAUAGGGCAGGAAGUAUAUAUGAACAUCGGACAGUGCAAGUUAAAACAUCAGUGGUCUCCAAUGUAUUAAAAUUUGGUAUGUAAUAUA